AUGCUGGUGCCUUGCCCCUCGCCUUUGCCGGCCGUGCGGCCUCUCCACGACGAGGCGGAGGAACGCUCGCUUCCGGUGUCUCUUGCAGCGCCGAUGGAGCGCCGCUUCAGCCCCUACGUCAACAAUGGAGGGACGGUGGUGUGCGUCGCCGGCGAGGACUUUGCCGUCGCUGUGGGAGACACGCGCCUAUCGACCGGCUUCUCCAUCUACUCGCGCUUCCAGUCGAAAAUCACGAAACUGACCGACAAAGUUGUCCUUGCGACCUCCGGCAUGCAAGCUGACAAGACGACUCUCCACAACCUCCUUCAGAUCCGCAUCGAACAGUACACGCACCAGCACCGCCAUCCUCCGAGCCUGAACGCAAUCGCUCAGCUCCUGUCGACGAUGCUCUACUCGCGUCGCUUCUUCCCGUUCUACACCUUCAACGUCCUCUGCGGAAUCGACGAAAAUGGGAAAGGUGCAGUGUAUGGCUACGACGCGAUCGGCUCUUUUGAGGCUGCCAGGUACAACUGCGCGGGUACCGGCGCUCACCUCAUCAUGCCCGUCCUCGACAACCAGAUUUCCCGGAAUAAUCAGCAAGGCGAGAAGGCACCUUUGACUAGAGAACAGGUCGUCGACAUCAUCAAGAGUGCAGUUGCCUCUGCGGGAGAGCGCGAUAUUUUCACAGGUGACCAGGCUGAAGUGGUGAUGAUCAGCCAGAGCGGGAUCGAGAAGACUCUCAUGGACCUCCGUGCCGAUUAA